GUAACAAAACUCUGUUUUUCUUUCCUUUUUCCCUCAAAAAAGGAGCCCUAAUUUUCUCAAUUUCAGUUAUCACUCUCGCUACCCCUUUCUCCUCCUCCAUCUCAGAUUCGAGCUUCAGCUAUCAUAAAUCCAACGCCCGCGACCAGCCGGCCGUCCGCCACCUUUUCACGGCCUCCACAGACAGCCACCCGCUCUUUAUCCUUCUCGAUCGAUCGUUUUGCGGCUUGCGGACUAAGCCACUCGCCUCCCAACCUUCCAUUAUUUGCUUUCUCUUCCUCGGAAAGUCAUAUAUUACCGUAGACCAAAAGGGACUCGAUUUUUCUCAUGUCAAGAACGUCUUAAAUUUGGUGAUGCCCAAGCUCUAGAACAGUACCUACUCUCUAAGAUAUUUGAUGUUGGGGAGCAUAAAGAAGGCGGCGCGUUCACUUCAUAUAAGUCACAGAGUCAGCCAUUUAGAAGUGAGGAACAGCGGGAAAAUUGUUACCGUAGAGCCACUCUUGCGCAACAAAUUGUUCUCACAUUAUAGAUUUUUAGCCCGAGCAUAUCCUUCCUUCCCAUUGUACUGCACAACAAGAAGUUUAAGCUGGACUAGGAAUUCUAGAAACUUUUGUGUAUGGACAACUAGUAAUGUUGUUAAACAUCAUGCUCAAUUUGUUUGGAAAAAGCUUUCCGGCAAAUUAUCCUCCAAUGGCCAUAGUUUUCCCACCAUAAAUGAAGUUGCUCGAGCAUUCACCUUGGCCAUGUCUCGUUCUCACCUGAUAGUACCUGGUAUAUUUGCUUUUACAUGCGGCGAGCUAGCAUGUGCCCAAAGAACAUUCACAAACAUAGACCACUAUCCAUCUCAUAAUUCUUUCUACAUCCGUGCACAAGAUGGACAUGCCUAUGUGAUCUCACUACUAUUUUCUACUUUAGAAGGCGUGAUAUUAUUACUUAGAGCCCUUUAUUUAGCAAUCCUGUUCUCACCUAGCAUAUUGAUGGCUCCAUUUGCGGAUGCCUUUGGAUCCCGCUUCAGGAAACUCUGGCUUCAGGUUGUUCACCGUUCAUUGGAAAAGGGUGGCCCGGCAUUCAUUAAAUGGGGUCAGUGGGCAGCAACACGGCCUGAUCUCUUUCCUCGAGAUUUAUGCAUUGAGUUAUCAAAGCUUCAUACUAAGGCUCCAGAACAUAGCUUUGCCUACUCAAGGAAAACUAUUGAACGGGCAUUUGGUAGAAAGCUUUCUGAGAUAUUUGAGGAUUUUGAAGAGAAACCUGUUGCAUCAGGAAGUAUUGCUCAAGUACAUCGAGCUCAUUUGAAAUUUCGAUACCCUGGUCAACAAAUCAAGCCCAUGGUGGUUGCUGUAAAAGUCAGACAUCCCGGGGUUGGUGAAUUAAUUAGGAGAGAUUUCAUUAUAAUUGAUUUUGUAGCAAAAGUCUCAAAGUUUAUUCCUACUCUCAAUUGGUUGAGAUUAGAUGAAAGUGUGCAGCAAUUUGCUGUUUUUAUGUUGUCUCAAGUUGACCUUGCAAGGGAAGCUGCUCACUUGAGCCGCUUUAUUUAUAAUUUUAGACGGUGGAAGGAUGUUUCAUUUCCCAAACCCGUCUAUCCACUUGUCCAUCCUGCUGUUUUAGUGGAAACUUAUGAACAAGGGGAAAGUGUUUCACACUACGUUGAUGAGCUUGAAGGAUAUGAAAGACUAAAGUCAACGUUGGCACACAUUGGGACGCAUGCUCUUCUAAAAAUGCUUCUGGUGGACAACUUUAUACAUGCAGACAUGCACCCUGGAAAUAUCCUUGUCAGAGUUUCUCAUGGAAAGUCACCUCAGAAGCGACUCUUCAAAUCAAAGCCUCAUGUUGUCUUCCUUGAUGUAGGCAUGACUGCUGAACUUUCUGGAAGUGAUAGAGUAAAUUUACUGGAAUUUUUUAAGGCAGUUGCUCGUAGGGAUGGCCGCACUGUUGCUGAGCGCGCCCUUAGGUUAGCAAAACAACAAAAUUGCCCUAAUCCAGAGGCAUUUAUCGAGGAAGUGACAGAGGCGUUUGCUUUCUGGGCUACUCCAGAAGGCGAUCUAGUUCAUCCAGCUGAAGCCAUGCAGGAAUUACUGGAGAAAGUGAGGCAUCAUAGAGUCAACAUCGAUGGGAAUGUCUGCACUGUGAUGGUGACGACAUUGGUUCUUGAGGGUUGGCAACGGAAACUUGAUCCUGCUUAUAAUGUGAUGCAAACGCUGCAGACGCUAUUACUAAGAGCUGAUUGGGCGAAGUCUCUUUCCUACACAAUUGAAGGAUUGAUGGCCCCGUAGGUUAAUGUUUUUGGCUGUCUGAUCUGCUCCAACAAAACAAUUUUGACGAUGUAAAGGAGAAAGAAGUUACAAAUAUUAAGUUUGAUAUGUUAUAUUUAUUCACAUCAUUUUUUCCCACUAAGCUUUUACUUUAGUUUUUUUCAGCCCAAAUCUCAGUAGAUGAAAGUAUAAAGCAAAUAAUGUGGUAAAGAGCCCAAAUAUUCUUUUGAUUUUACAGUGUAAAGAUAGCAUCCUCUGCUCCUGGUAAACAGAAGCAACAGAUAAAAACAUUACCUUCAUAACUGUUUCUCAUUUGUAUUUGAUUUCCUGCACAUUGGGUUAAAUAAACCACUCUCUUGACUGUAUUAUAGUAAUAGAUAUAUGUGAUCUUGGUACGCAUUUCUUGCUCGAUGAGAAGCCCAGUUUUA